GCCCCCUGCCUCCCUUCGCUUCCGGUUCCAGGCAGGCGCACAGCCCAAACCCCCUCCUCCCUCAAAUCGUCUCCAGAUUUGGCGACCGCCGCCGCUGUCGCCAGAUCGGAGCGAGCGCGGCCUCGCUUCGCCCCUGCGCCACCGUUGCCUGCUGCAGGACAUGGGAAUGGAGGUCGUUGGAGCUGAAGCAGCACCAGCACAGGUCAAAGUAUCUGAUGGAGAAGUAAACCUAUUCCAAGAGAAGGAAAGUAAAGAAACUGCAAAAGAGCGUGAGGAGGCAGCUGUUUUUGGUUCAGACACAAAUGGAGCCACAAAUGCUGCUGAUCUGGCACCUCCAAAGGACGCAAAGGAUGAGUGGCCUGAACCUAAGCAAACUCAUGCCUUCUACUUUGUCAAAAUCCGCUCAUUCGAGGAUCCUAAGCUGAGGGCAAAACUCGAGCAGGCUGACAAAGAAUUCCAGAAGAAAAUCCAAGUUCGUUCCAAAAUUAUCGAGGCUGUAAGAGCCAAGAAGGCGGAGCGCUCCAGUAUUAUCUUGGAGCUGAAGCCAUUGACUGCUGAGAACAAACAGUAUAAUGGCGUUUUCAAUGAGAAGUUGAAGGAGAUGGAGCCUCUUCGAAGCAGUUUAGGCAAGUUUCGUGAUGAAAACAAUGCCAUGCGGGCACAGAGCGCAGGUUUAUGCUCUUCUAUCGAAGAGCUUGAGGAAACGAUCAAGAUGUUGAACAAUCGCAUAGUUCAUGAGAGCAUAUCUUUAGCUGAGGAGAAGCGUCUGGUCAAAGAAAUUAAGGAUCUUGAAAAAACCAGAUCGAAAGUUGUUUCUAAUGCUGCUAAUCGAGCUAAACUGCAAGACACAGUGAUUGAAAAAGAGGCCAUACAGGACCAGGUCAAAAUCAUUGGGGAGGGCAUUGAAGGAAUAAAGAAGGAGCGACAAACAGUUAGAUCUAAGAUUAAGGUCCUGGAGGAUGAACUAAAGGCUGUUGAUGCUGAGAUUGCUUCACUUCAAGAAGAUUUAGAUGCAGCCACUGCCAGAAAGGACAAGACAUAUGAAUCAUUGGUCGAAUUGAGACAAGAACGUGAUGUGAAAAACGCCUCCUUCCAUCAAAACCGAAUGGCUUUGAACAAAGCUAGGGAUUAUUCUUUGAGGAAUAUGUUAGCAGAAUUACAAGAGCUCCACAAGACUGAGGUUGGCAAGUUCAUGACCCAAUGGUGCGAGAACAAGGUCUUCAGAGAGGAUUAUGAAAAGAGGGUCCUCUCCUCCCUCAACAGCCGACUACUGAGCCGAGAUGGCCGGAUGAGGAAUCCUGAUGAGAAGCCCAUAUUCAUCGAGUCACAGGCGACAGCGCCGCCUGCAGAACAUGAGCCCAUCCCAGUAAAAUUGCCUGCGAAACAGGCAAAGGAAGUGCCUGCUACCCAAGCAGAUGAAGCUCCCAGGGUUGAAGCCCAUUCAAAAGGACCUGUUAAGUCACUUAAGGCAAAAGCUGCCCUGGAUGCUGAUGAUGAAUAUGAGGCUGAGCCUCCGAAGGAGAAGCCAAAGCCUAAAGAGGCUGAUUUGGCGAGGUUGAAAGAGAUAAAGAGACAGGAAGAGAUAGAGAAGAACAGGCUUGCUUUGGAAAGAAAGAAGAAGCAGGCAGAGAAGCAAGCAGCGAAGGCCGCAGCCCGAGCACAAAAGGACGCUGAGAAGAAGCUUAAGAAAGAGGAGAAGAAAGCUAAGAAGAAGGCCGGAGGAGCUGAUACCGAUGAGCCCUCUGAAUCGGACGCCAAGUCUGAAGAAGCUGCGGAAGCCCAAGCUGAGGACGAAGCAGCUCCAGCUUCCACAAUGGUGAAGAAAGAACAGAAGGAGAGCAUCCGGUACAGGAACGUGGUGAGCCGGAGCAAGGCCCCACCGCCGAAAGCGAUCCUGAAGAGGAAGAAAGCCCAGUCCUACUGGUCAUGGGCUGGCCCAGCCGCAGCAGUGGCUGCCGUGCUCCUCGCCCUCCUUGCGGUGCUAGGCUACUACCAGUACUACCUCCCGGGGAGCGCCAGCAACUGAUGAGGAAGAUGGCCGCGCCCUGAAAAGUGCCUACUGGACCAAUUUUGCAGGUGGGAGACAUGAAACCGAGUGCGUGGUCAGCCGAGACAUGAAAGACUGGGGGUCUUGUUGGUUUUGGUUCUGUUGGUUCAUUCUGAGUAGUCGGAGAAGAAAACACAGUUGAUUUUGAUUGCAACUUCCUAGAUCUAUGUAUACUGCGACACUGAUAUAUCCCGCGUACUUUUGUAGUGAAGCGUAUAUUGCCGUCUGGAAUAAUGCCUUUUUCCGCUUUAGGUAUCUGAAAACAAUGCCUUUGGCUUUAGGUUUAUU